UGGAUACUUUAAGGGGUGCAUACUCAACAGCUUGCUCCUGCAAUCACAGCAGACUUGAUUAGUAACAGUGCAAGUGGGCAUUCUGAGGGAACAGAAGAGGGCUUAAGCAGGAAGAGCCAGCGGGGAUGGAAGUGUGGGACGGUGAGGGCUGGAGGCUUUCCCCUAGAAAGAACAGUGACGACUGGGAUUUGGGUGGAAUCGCCAAAACCCUUAGACCUUCACUCCGAGCCUCAAGUCCACUCUCCCUCUCUGACCUGGACAUGUGGGACAGCAAGUCUCACUUUAAAUCUCAGUCCUCAGCAUGGUACAAUGUGGCUAGUGUCUCUGGAGCAGGCUUCCUGUCCAAACUCAGCACCAGCACUGGCAAUGGUGGCUUCAGGCAGAAUGAGCCAGGGAUGAGAAGAUGGCAGUCGAUGUCCCGCAUGGCUCCAGAGGGUGCUCCGCGUUCCCUGUCCCCCUCUCCAGGAUCUGAGCUGCGGGCUGCCCUGACUGAGAGCGGCUUUCGGCGGGCAGAGCUGGUGCAGCGGUUGCGGGAGGCUCACGAACGAUUAGACAGCCAGACGGACCUGUUGAAAUCCAAAGACACACACCUACACCACAGCACAACCGCAGCGCAACUUCUGGAUAUAAAACACAAGCAGCUGGCAGAGGCAGUGAGCGCUCUUGAACAGGAGAAGGACGCAGCUGAGCUGUCCCGGUUUGAGGAAAGCCGGCGACGUGGAGAACUGCAAGACAAGGUCUUGCAGCUGGAGAUGGACAUGUUGAAAAUGAGGUCGACUCUAGAGAGAGGCGGCAACAUCCAGUCUGCCUCCAUCCAGAAAAAUCCUAGAUCUCUUAGCAGUACAUUACCUGUGACUCAAGAAGACUUUUACAGACAGGGGAAGCAGAAGGCCGAAAAAGAGCUGAUCCGAUUGAAGGAGGCCCUGAAAGAGGCAGAGGAGAGGGCAGAGUCACUGGAGGCAGAGAGAGACCAGGCUGUCCAGCAACUCCACUCUUCUAAAGAGACUCAGCUAACAGUGUUGAGUCAAACUGAAGAGAUAAAUCAAAGACUGAGUCACACCAUUCAGUCCCACAGCGAACUUCAGGACCAGCUGAGCGAGGCUCGCUGCAAGCUGGGCCAGGCUAGCCUGGAGAGAGACCUCCUGUCCACCAACUUGCUGAGGCUGGAGGACAGCGUGGAGGACCUGAAGGCCAAGCUGUCUGGGGCACUGUCGGACAAAGAUCGACUGCUGCAGGAGAAGGCAGACCUGCAUCAGAAGGCCCAGGGUCUGGAUCUGCAGCUGGAAAGGGCCCAGCGAGGAAGAGAAGGUUUCACUGACCAGGUGUGUGAGCUCCAUGAUGAGCUGGCUGAGGCCAAGGCCAGCACCUGCAAGCAGGGACAGGAGACCCUCUUGUUGACAGAAGAGCUGCACUCUGUCAGAGAGGUUAACGAGAAGCUCACAAUUGAGCUUGAGAUGGUGAAACAGAAGCUUGAAACUACACGGAUACAGCAGCAUGAACUGGAGGCUGAGCAUGUGAUUCACACCAAUCAGAUUGCAGCACUGGAGACAGAGCGCUCACAGCUGAUUGGAGAAAAGGAGGAGUUGCUGAAUACUCUUCAUCAGGAGGGGCAGGAAGAACUGGAGGAAGUGAGGAGGAGGUGUGACCAGCUCAGAGAAUUCCAGGAGGCCCUCGAGUCAGACAACCACACUCUGCGGGACCGCGGCCAGUGCCUGGAGGCGGAGCUUCGUGCGAGGCAGCAGGAGCUGCAGGAGAAGGAGGUGGAGCGGCAGAGAAUGGCGGCAGAGACAGCCCAGUCCAUGGCGGAGCUGAGGGGUGUGGUCUCUCACUGGAGUGACAAAUGGCAGGAGGUUGCUUUGAGGUUGCAGUCCACACAGGGGGAGUUAGAGAGCCUCAAGCAGAACAGCCCCGGGGAUGCAUUGCAAAAGGAGGCUUCUCAACUAACUGCAGAGGUUGAGAGGCUUAAGACAGAGAGCCAGAAAGACAGGCAAGUGUGCGAAAACAAACAAAAAAAUCUUUGUUUUUCUGUGACAGUUCACCAGUCAUGAGGUGCUUUCCUCCCCAGGGAUCAG